GCAUGCAUGUAUGACCCUAAAACAGCUUCUUGUUGUUUAACCCAAGGAUUAAAUGUAGAAUAACCUAAGGUAUACUACUUAACACAUUUGUUUUAGUUGUUGGUUCACACCUGCUUACCCCCCAAAGUGAUCAUCUUAUCACGUCAGGACCACGCUUAACUUUGGUUUGAUUAGUGGUAGAAAACUUCAAAGGAAAGGAAUAAGGAGAACCAUCUUUGCGUGUGACUGUCUGGCAGUGAUCACAGUCCUCUGCUUUGAAUUCUAUGUACUCAGAAAGUUAGGUUCAUAAGAGAUCCAGGAUCUGCACUUAGGUCGUCAAAGGUUUUCUUUACUAUUUCUAGAGGCUGACCUCCUGAGAGCUUUGCACUAGCUGAGCAAAAGGACUGCAUCUAGGUCAGUCAGCUUCUGGCACUUGCGGAAGAGAGGCUUUACGGAUAUUUAGUGAAGUCAGCAGUACUCAAAGUUUUAAAUUUAAUUUUCCCUUUGUCAGUUGUAUUUGCAACUAAGAUAUUACAUUACUAUAUAGUGAUUACUGUGUCUGAUUCAGAAAGAAGUAUAUGCAUUUUCAGUAGAAAAACAAAAAGAUUUAUCAAAUGACUUCGGUCCUUCUCAAAUAACCCUUCUCUCUAUAAUUUAGGUCACAAUGUGCUCAUGAUGAUAUAUAUACCUUCUUUUUGUUUGUUUAUAAAUUAACUUCUGCCUGUCUUUGUACACUUAGGAGCUUGAUAAAGAACUCCCGGUGCUUAAGCCAUAUUUUAUUGAUGACCCUGAAGAAGCUGGAGUGAGGGAAGCUGGCUUAAGAGUCACGUGGCUGGGACAUGCGACGGUGAUGGUGGAAAUGGACGAGCUCAUCUUGCUCACAGAUCCCGUCUUCAGUGCUCGGGCCUCCCCAUGGCAGCACGUGGGCCCCAAGCGGUUUCGUCGUCCCCCGUGUGCUGUCGCCGAGCUGCCCCGGAUAGACGCGGUCCUUGUCAGUCACAACCACUACGACCACCUGGACUACAAUUCUGUCAUCGCUCUCAACGAGCGAUUCGGUAACGAGCUUAGAUGGUUUGUGCCUUUGGGGCUCCUGGACUGGAUGCAGAAAUGCGGCUGUGAGAAUGUGAUCGAGCUGGACUGGUGGGAGGAGAACUGUGUCCCCGGACAUGACAAGGUCACCUUUGUGUUCACGCCUUCCCAGCACUGGUGUAAAAGGACUCUGAUGGAUGACAACAAGGUUCUCUGGGGCAGCUGGUCUGUCUUGGGGCCUUGGAACCGAUUUUUUUUCGCAGGAGAUACUGGUUAUUGCUCUGCUUUUGAAGAGAUAGGAAAAAGAUUUGGCCCUUUUGACCUUGCAGCUAUUCCCAUUGGAGCGUAUGAACCAAGGUGGUUUAUGAAGUACCAGCAUGUAGACCCAGAAGAGGCUGUAAAGAUUCACAUUGAUGUUCAGACAAAGAAGUCUGUGGCAAUUCACUGGGGAACUUUUGCCUUAGCAAAUGAGCAUUAUUUAGAGCCUCCAGUGAAACUGUGUGAAGCUCUAGAAAGGUACGGACUUAAGACUGAGGAUUUUUUUGUCCUGAAGCAUGGCGAAUCAAGAUACCUUAAUACUGAUGAUGAAGAUGUUGAGUAAUAUGAACAUAAGAGCUCUUCAUGAAAAAGGCAUCAUUUGAUAUACAUGUGAAAAGACUAAGAAAUUCAUGAAUAUUAUGAUUUUUUACAUUUGGAAACAACUUCUGUAGGUUUAUGUUAUCACCUGAUACUAAUAUGAUUGCUGGUCCAUAUAAACAAGAGUUCAGAGGUGGGUCAUUAAAAUCCA